CUCUAAACAAUCCCCAAUUUUUCGCCAAGAACAAUGGCAGACCACAAGACGUGUCCCCCGCUCACGCGCGAGUCUGUGAAGGCUGCUCAUAAGCGUAUUGAGCCCUACAUCUACCGCACGCCAGUUGCGACAUGCGAGACAAUAGAUCGUAUCGCAAGCACAGCGCAAUCGGAAAGAGAUGAAGGGCAACCUGUUGGACAAGAGAAGUCCAACGGGACAGCGAGGCCUAAAGUGAGAUUGUUCUUCAAAUGUGAAAAUCAGCAACGCAUUGGUGCUUUCAAGGCUCGCGGGGCGUUUCAUGCUUUGGGCAGAUUGAUUCAGGAGGAUGGCUUGGAGAAUGUGAGGAAGAGGGGAGUUGUGACGCAUAGUAGUGGUAACCACGCUCAAGCACUCGCUCUUGCGGCAAAGACUCAUGGAGUUCCCGCGCACAUUGUCAUGCCUGGAAUUAGCACGCCGAGCAAGAUCGCCGGAACGAAAUCACAUGGCGCGAAUGUCAUAUUCUCAGGCUCGACUUCUGAUGAGAGGGAAGCUGUGGUGGCAGAUGUCAUCAAAGAGACUGGUGCUACGCUUGUGCCGCCUUAUGAUCAUCCAGAUAUUAUUCUGGGACAGGGAACUCAGGCUUUGGAAUUGGAAGAACAGGUUGAGGAAUUUUUGAAAGGUGAUCACAAGCGUAGUGCGAAUGGGAGGACGGGGCUGGAUGUUGUGGUGGCGGGAAUAGGUGGCGGAGGAAUGCUGUCGGGUGUGGCGACUGCUUUGCAUGGGACUGGUAUCAAGGUGUUCGGAGCGGAGCCAAACUUUGAAGGCGCUAAUGAUGCUGAGUUGGGGUUGGAGCAGAAUAAGAGGAUUGAGAAGGUGAAGACUUUGACUAUCGCAGAUGGGCUGAGGACACCUGUGGGUGUGAUCCCGUGGUCAAUCGUUACGGAUAAAGAGAAGUUGGAGGGGGUGUUUUCCGUGACCGAAGAGGAGAUCAAGGCCGCUUUGAGACUGGCUAUGGAGAGGGCGAAGCUGUUUAUUGAGCCAAGCGCAGCUGUGCCUUUGGCCGUUGUGUUGUACAACGAAGACUUCAGGAAGAUGAUCGAGGAGAUGUCCGGAGGCAAUGGGUCGAACAUUGGUAUCGUCCUGAGCGGAGGAAAUACGACGGUCGAAGCUAUUGCUAAGCUGUUCGCCCCAAGUGAAAGGCAAGCAGGGCAGGUUGGAGUGAAUGGUGAAAAGGUUGCCGAAAAUGUUGCUGGUUAGGCAUCGGGCUGCGAUGAAGGCAUAGCUGAUGACAUUUCAAAGCAUAGAGGAUAGAAAUACACGUGUACAGCAGCGCUUGGUCGGCAGCCACCUCAUCGUGUCGAUUGUGUUGGCACAAUUCAAUUACUCAUGUGCUGGGCAUGUGUUGGGCAUGUGAAGUUGAUGCCUGAGGUGAAUUUGAGAAGACUGAUGUAAUCACUUGGCGCGGG